CUCCAUUCCCGACAAAAGCCCUUCGUCUCCUUAACCCAGGGUUUAAGCAUUUCGCUUCCUGCCCUCCUCUCUCUCCUCUCAUCCUUUCUCCGUGGCUCCGAGUAGGGUUCUGCUUCCCUCUCUCCUUCUCUAGCCAUGAGCUUCUACCGCACCAUUCUCAGAUCACUACGGCGGUCCUCUCCCCUCUCUCUUCCUUCAACCACCACCACCACCCAAACGCUAUCUUCCCACAACCACCUCCCCCGCCCUCAACACCCUCAUUCUCUCCUUCCUCUCCGUUCUUACGCCUUCUCCUCGGCUGAAGAAGCCGCCGCCGAGCGCCGCCGCCGGAAGCGCCGCCUCCGCAUCGAGCCCCCACUCCACGCCCUCCGUCGUGACCCCAACGCCCCUCGCCCCCGCCCGGACCCCAACGCCCCUCGUCUCCCGGACUCCACCUCCGCCCUCGUCGGCCCUCGCCUUAACCUCCACAAUCGCGUCCAAUCCCUCAUCCGCGCCGGCGACCUCGAUCUUGCCUCCGCCACUGCCCGCCAAGCCGUCUUCUCCAACACCCGCCCUACUGUAUUCACCUGCAACGCCAUCAUGGCCGCUAUGUACCGUGCCAAGCGCUACGACGACGCCAUAGCCCUCUUUCAGUACUUCUACAACCAAUCCAACAUCAUCCCCAAUAUCGUCUCCUAUAAUGUCCUCAUCAAUACACACUGCGAUGCGGGUCGUGUCGAUGUGGGCCUCGAUGUCUAUAGACACAUUAUAGCCAACGCCCCCUUUAGCCCUUCGCCUGUUACUUACCGUCACCUGACGAAGGGGUUGAUUGAUGCAGGUCGCAUUUCGGAGGCCGUUGACCUUCUCCGCGAGAUGCUGAACAAGGGGCACGGAGCUGACUCACUUGUUUUCAACAAUUUGAUUGCCGGUUUUCUCAAUCUUGAUAAUUUGGAGAAGGCAAAUGAACUGUUUGACGAGCUCAAGGAGCGUUGCCUUGUGUAUGACGGGGUUGUCAAUGGCACGUUUAUGGAUUGGUUCUUUGUACAGGGAAGGGAGAAGGAAGCCAUGGAGUCUUACAAGUCAUUGCUUGACCGGCAGUUCAAGAUGAUUCCGGCCACUUGUAAUACCCUUUUGGAGGUAUUGCUCAAGCACGGGAAGAAGACGGAGGCUUGGGUACUCUUCGAACAAAUGUUGGAUACCCAUACCCCUCCCACUUUCCAAGGGGUGAAUUCAGAUACGUUCAAUAUCAUGGUUAAUGAGUGUUUCAAGCUGGGUAAGUUUUCAGAGGCAAUGGAUGUGUUUAAGAAGGCAGGUACAAAGCCUGGUUCAAAGCCUUUUGCCAUGGAUGUUGCCGGUUUCAAUAACAUAAUUGGGAAGUUCUGUGAGAAUGGGCUUUUAGAUGAGGCAGAGAAGCUAUUUGGGGAGCUCUCAUCGAAGUCACUGACCCCGGACGUCACAACUUACAGGACCUUAAUUGAUGCAUAUUUUAAAGCAGAGAGAGUUGAUGAUGCUUUGCAGAUGUUCACCAAAAUGGUGGAAUCUGGUCUGAGAGUGAUUCCGACUUAUGCCAACAGGUGGCUUGAUGAGUCUGUUAAGAAAGGUAAGACCAUGGAUGGUUCCCAGGUUUUGAUGAAGAUGGGAGAAAGAGAUCCAAAACCAGAUCCCAUGAGCUUUGAGAUUGUGAUUAGGGGGCUUUGCAAUGAUGGCAUGUUGGAUGUGAGUCGUGAUUUACUGGGCCAGAUGAUGCGAUAUAAUAUUGGCAUUACUUCUUCAUUGCGGGAAUUUGUAUAUCAGGUUUUCGGGAAAGAAGGGCGGGGAGAAGAAAUCGAGAGGCUAUUAGAUGUGAGAAGACAAGGAUAUGCUGCCCAUUGGCAACCAUCAGGGCCCCUUCAAACUGGAGGACAGAUUUUGGGCUCUAGCAAGUGAGGCUGGAAAGGACAGAGAAUGGAGUUUUAUGACUGGAAGAGAUUGAGAAAGAGAGAGACAAGAGUAGGCUGCUGCCUCAACAAUCGCAAUGUUGUGCCAACACCUGAGAAGCAGUUACUUCCCUAAGAGAAAUUGCAAGCUUCAUCUAUGAGAGAACCCCAGAAUAUGAAAAUGCCUUAACAUGCAUGAUUAAAGAAAAAGAAAAAAUAAGAGAUAAAAGUCAAUUCAAAAUGCUGGUUUCUGUCUGGGCCAUCCCAAAUCCUCAUAAUUGAUUGUGUCCUUCACUGUCAAAGGUAUGGAACACAAUCUCCCCAUAUGUGAAGGUAGGAGUAGGACUGCAUAGGCUUUGCCUUCCUAAGACACCCAAUGUCACGGAAGCCUUGUUCUCUGGGUGUUUUUUUUUUUGUCAUUUCCUGUUUAGAUUGAAGAA